AAAAGAAGUGGUACAGUCGACAUCUUUACGCGCACGGCUUUCUCCUCGAGAUGUGCAGAUUUUAGGCCAAAUUAUUGAGUGUUUACCAUAGCUGUGUGUUAGAAAUCAACACGUGGGACCAAAUCGCGUUGUGAUAUCGCCUUUUGUAUCAUUUCUCUUCCGCAAAGAUGGGCAGUCAUUACCAGCGGUCUGUGCCUCUGGAGGUGAGGAGAGCUGAAGGAGAGAGAGUCCGGGCCAAACAUCCAGACAAAAUACCGAUCAUUGUGGAAAGAGCACCAAGGUCCAGAGCGCCAGAGCUGGACAAAAAGAAAUAUCUAGUUCCAUCAGAUUUAACAGUGGGGCAGUUGUGUUUCUUGAUACGUCAGCGUGUGUCUUUGAGGCCAGAGGAGGCGCUGUUCUUCUUUGUCAACAAUUCCCUUCCCCCCUCCAGCUCUCCUCUCUCCGCUGUUUACGAGGAGCACCACGAGGAUGACUUAUUCCUGUACAUGACCUACAGUAACGAGAGCGUGUACGGCUGAAGCGACGGAGACGCACGCAGGGCUCGGCUUUAACACUGUCCACUUUGAAACGCAUGGUUCAAAUUUACACCAUUUAACCAGUCUGCAAGCCACAAAAUAUCUAUGUAUAAUGCUCUUUGGCAUAAUUAUACAAUAUGAUACUUAACCUUGACAGUUUUUGUUGCAAAUGUCGAGAUGAUAACAAAAGGCGUGUCUUGAAGAAACUAUAGUAUAAUUACAAAGAAAGAAAACCCAAUGAACCUAAUCAGACUUCUGCUUCACAUGUAGGACAAGACUAGUCAGAAAUAAUUGUAAUUCCUUUUGCGUUUACUACAGGAAAAUUAUGUUAAAAGUUUAAGUUUACGUGUUUGUUUGAUAAUAUCCAGAAUAAUCUUCCAGCACUGCAAAGGUUUUGGUUUCUGCAUGGUUUAAAAUGUGCUUAAUUUGAAUUGCUAAUAUGGCCUUAAAUAUAUCACAGCAUUUUGACUGCUUCCAAGAUCAUUUUAGCCCAAUUUCAAAUAUGUUUAAACAACAGAUGCAGUGAAUUAGGGACAUUUUGAAACAAGUGGGGGAGAUUUAUUAACCAAAUGCAUCUAAACUUGUCCAAGUUACUCAAGACUAAUUCAUAUUCAGAAUUGUUGUAAUUUUAACUAACUUAGAUCUGACUUUUUGCGUCAAAGAUCUACAAUAAUUCCUAAUGCCUAAAAUUGUGGCUUUACGUAGGCUACUAGUAUACAAAAUCUACCUGUAUUUUGCUAUGUCUGGAUUGUGUUAUAGUCAAGCCCUGAGUGAAGAGAGGAGAGGCCAAGACGAGAAAGACAGAGGAGGGACAAAUGCGUUUUAAGUCUUUGUAAUGCUACACACUACUUAUUAUAUUAUUCCCUAUGCGUUACUUCAUUGAGAAUGGCUUAAGGUUUGGGUUAACAUGUGUCAGUAUUUUGGGGUAAGCAUGAUUUUUAUUUUUUAUUAUUAGUACUUAUUUUGUUGAUUUCUUUUAAAACCAGAAAAUGUGUGGAAAAAAGCAAGAAAGAAGCACAGAAAAAAAGCCAAGUUAUCAAAAAAGUGUCGGAAACUCCCGUCUUUCUCUGUCAUCUGUAUUUAAUGCACAUAGUAUUUUUUUGUAAAUUAAUGUAAACUUUUGUUGAGAAUAAAUUUGAAAAUGUUAAA